UUAACAUUUUCUUCAUGUAGGGAGGACCUUUUUGAUAAGAAUGCUCAGAAAAUUUUAGAUUGUUUGGAAUUUUCAAGCUCACUCAUCACAAAAGCCCCAUUAAUGCAGCUGAAGGUCACAGGACUCUUAUCAGCUGAUGUACUUAUCCAUUUGGCAAAUACUUACACUACAAGCACAAAAGCUUUAAGCCUAGUAGAAAAUAUUGCCAAUGGAAUGAUUAGUGGGCAGUUAAAGAUGAGUGAAUUAUUUGAUGGUCUGACCAGACAAGAAAGGCAGUGUUUGGAGCAUGCUGUGAGAAGAUUCCACAAGAUUGGCAUGAUGGCACAAACUAAAGGAGUAAAAGUUUUAGUUGAUGCAGAAUAUACUUAUCUAAACCCCGCCAUUAAUCUUCUUACAAUGGCACUCAUGGCAAUAUUCAAUACAGACAGCCCUGUUAUUUGGAAUACUUACCAGUGUUAUCUAAAGAAAGCAUUGGAGACAAUCACCACUGAAGUUGAAAUGAGCCAAAAACUUGGGGUUUGUUUUGGUGCUAAGAUUGUUCGAGGGGCUUACAUGGUCCAGGAGCAUCAGAGAGCAGUUAGUCUGGGAUAUCCAAGCCCCAUCUGUGAAAACUAUGAAGCAACAAACAAUAAUUACAAUAAGGUUGUAAAGUACAUGUUAGAUCAUGUUCAAACUGGCCAAUCAACAUGCAACAUCAUUAUUGCAACUCAUAAUGAAGAAAGUGUGAGAUUAGCCAUUAGAAGGGUCAAUGAGCUUGGAAUACAACCUCAUCUUGGAACUGUCAACUUUGGACAGUUACUGGGGAUGAGUGAUCAAAUCACCUUCCCGCUUGCAUCAGCUGGAUUUACAGUUUACAAGUCUAUUCCUUAUGGACCGUUAGGUGAGGUUUUACCAUAUUUAGCUCGACGAGCAAUGGAGAAUCAAACCGUGUUGGCUGGAGCGAGGAAGGAACAACAAUUAUUAUGGCAGGAAAUCAAAUUAAGAGCAAAGAAUUGUCUAACACCUAAUCUGAGGGAAAUACCUACAAGAACUUUCUAAUUGUGAUAUUGAGCUGUUAAUAAUUUUAUAUUCAAAAUAAAAAAGUAACUGAUAAUGAAA